AACAAAUAUGGACAUUAUGCGAAUGAGUGUUACUCAUCUCAAACAUAGCCGGUUGAUCGAAAGCAUCAGGACCGAUCAAUCGCUAGCACAUUAAAAGCCCAUCAAGGGCAAUCCAAUUAUGCAGAGGAGAAUGGAACCUUAUUUAUGGUUUCAAAGGGAGAAGAAGAGAGUCGAGAUAGUAUGUGGUAUCUUGACACGGGAGCCUCGAAUCACAUGUGUAGAAAACACGAGAUGUUUGUAGAGUUGAAUGAGAUGGAGAAAGGUUAUAUUGCCUUUGGAGACAAUUCUUUGGCCGCCAUCAAAGGAAUAGGUGUUACGGUUAAACCUUCGCCAACUAGAAAUGGAAUUGCAUACGACAGUGUUAUUUCAAAUCUCGUCUCUUUCCAUCAAGGAAGUAGUAGUGAGAACAGUAGAGGUGAAACAAGCUGCACAACUAAAUCAAUUGGAGUUAGUGAUCCUACAUUACAAAUUUAUGAAGUUGGCGAACAAUCAAAUGAUGAUAAUGAAGAGUACUCAGUUGAUAAUAAUAUUACGGCUGCAGCUGCUUCAGAGCCACACGUAAUUACAGAAAUUGAGACGAUUCCAAAUAAUGUAGUCGUUAUUCAAGAUGAAGUACUGCUUAUAGAAGCUACAAUAAUUCAAGAACCAAUUAGUGGAUCUACUUUGAAGAUAGAAAUUUCAAAAAGCAUAGUCUAUGGUGGUUUAACCGAAUUGAUUGCAAGCUUAGGCAUUGUAACAUCUGCAGCAACUACCAAUGCCACCACUGGUAAAUUCUUUCUUAUUAUUCCUUUUCUUUCAAUUCUCUCAAGUUUAUACACUUGUUUUCAUAAUGCAGGGAAAAUUUUAGCUGUUUCACUAGCAAGCCUGAUUACAGGAUUCUUCGUCAUGGCUUAUAAAAUAUCAGAACUUUGGAUUAAAAAUCAUGAAAGUGGAACAGAUGAAGCAGAAGAUCAGGAAAACUCAGAAAGAUAUGAAAAUGUGUUUGGAGAUAGAAAAAAUUAUCGUCUCCAUUUCGGUGUGGCUCUGUUAUCGUUCGUACUUUUUGGGUUGAUGCCUCCUCUUGUUUAUUGCUUCACAUUUUGCAAACCUGAGGACAAGAUUCUGAAGGUUCCAACAGUAACAAUAGUUGUUGUUCUGUGCAUUGCAUUACUUGGUGUUGCUAAAGCUUACAUUGAGAGAAAAACAAAUUGUGUUGAAUUUGUCAAUAUCAUUGGCAAUUGCGUUGUUGAUGCACUUGGGACUUCGGUGCUUACAACUAUUGGAGGCGAAUUAAUUGAGAACUAUAUUGACAAAGCUGGUUGGUUUGACCCAAAUAAAAUACCAACCUUGUUCCAGCCAGGCUUUAGUUUCGAGAAUGGUACAUCGGCAUGGGGAGGCUUUUGAAAUCCACCUAUUAUAAUGUUUUUUUUUUACCACAUAACAUGUGGUAUGAAGAUCGAAUCUUGGACCUUGAGGAUAAUAGUAUAAGUUUUUACCAAUUGAAUUAGGUUUAUUUGUUGCAAUUUUUAGCUAGUAGUUUUUCUUGACCUAUAUGAUUAUGUUUAUAUUUAUGCA